AUGAGCAUUGCGUUCUCUCCGUGCGUGCCAUAUCUCGCCUUCUCACCCGACAGACCCACCGCCCCCAUGGGAAAUGUGUGCGUGUUUGUGUGUGUGCGUAUACAUGCAGGGAACUUCGGCCGGUCGGACUACGCGCGCAAGAACGGCCUCGACAAGAUGGUGGGCUACACCGGAUCGGCGGACGACUCGAAACUUGAAGGACUCAUGGACAUCCUGCGGUUUUUCGACGAGUGGCGUGCCUCGCUGGAGGCUAGACCGACGCUGGGCGACUGGAAGGCGCACUUCAUCACCGACCACUCGUGGACCGACAUCCGGGUGUGCAUCCUCGGCACCGUCAGUAUGUGUCGAUACCUGUUCGAGAAAGACUCGAGGUUCAAGAUCUACCCGCUGAGCGAUGUUCCCCACUUCAUCAACCUUCGCUGUAUAGGCCAGGAUAUCGUGGAACACCGGUACGGGCACAUGUGCCAAUGUCUUGGGUCGCACUGCAACCCGACAGCUGCGCAAGCGAAGGAAAGGGCAGCACAAGAGGACCUGCAACGCAGUUUGCACGGGAUUUCCCGCGCGAACCAUGCGCGGAAAGGGGAGGACUUCAUCGCGUCCGGGAUCCGGGGGCGGAUCAUGCUCCCAAGUGACCGACGCCGAGCGGUCUGCUACGAUGCGGGCGCCCUCGAGGAACGCUAUCUCAGCUGUGAUGUUCCCGCGGUACAUCAGCAUUGA